UCGUUAAUGCAAACUAUCUCACCUUGAACGCCUUUAUCGCCUGUGUUCAGCAAAAGACAACAUUAAUUUCUACCUGCACACACUAUGAUCAAGAUCAAUAUAAUGAUAAGACGAAUUUCUAUAAUAAAAAAAUUAUCCCAAAAAUUUCUCCGAAAGAUCUCGAAGAUAUAUAUGCCGAUACCUCAAUCCACCUGGAUUUGUGCCAGCUAUACUACGAAAAUCAAGGAACACAAGUCAUCACCACAGUCGACAAGGGAAUCAUUGUACUUGGAUUUAGUCCUGAGAAACGACAAAUAGCAUUAGUGUUAAAUGCAAUGUCGGAGGAACUUAUUUUUAAUAUUGAUCAAUUGGAAUCAUUUUCCCUUAACAAUGAUCGAUCGAUGUUUAUUGUUUUAAGGAAGAUUUCAAGUGACAAAAGCUUUUAUGAGCAUCUCGAGUUUCUGGCGACGAAUAAUUCUGAAGGUGGCAAGCUAGAAGGAUUAUAUAAAUUACGGUGCGUGCCGUCAAAUAGGAUCGCAUUCUUAGCUCUAAAAGGCGCCGAAUCCAAAAUUAAGAGAUCGCUAGCGCAAGUUCAAAAGUAUAAAGAAUUGGUUUAUAUUCACUGCGUAUUUCUUACGGAAGAGCGUGCAAUGAUACUUUCUAUUAAGGAAACUCUUGAGGAUUUCAAGAAGCGCUUACAAGAAAGGUUCAUGCAUCAAAUUAAAUCUAUUUGGUAUUAUAGACACGAACAGAACGCCACAUACAUAGUCGAUAACAGUGAGUGGAAUUCAGCUUUGUUGGGUAGUAGUGUUGGUUGCAGGAUGUUGAAAAGACUUAGUUUAUAUAUCGAAUGA